GUCAACAAGAAGAAGCAUUGAUCUAGAAUUCAGGGUUAAAAUGCGUAGAAUGAUUGUGACUGAUGAAAAUAGCGGGACCAUCACUUCUUUUUAUAUCAAAACCUGGACCAACGUUAUCAUUAAGGAAUGACCAUCUGUGCUCUAUCCCCAUACAAUAUCGAAGAAUACCCGCAAGAUGUCAGGAAACAGAGCUUCGGGGAGCACAUUAUCACUGCCGGUAGUGCGCAACAGUAUAAACAAAUGGAGAAGCAAGAUAUCCUCUCCCAUUCUUGACGAUCGUCCUGAUUUUGUAAUCUUUUUCCAAUGAAUCACUAGGCUGUCACUGUUUUAUUUCUUAUGAAUUCCUUUGAUCUUUGCUUCACUUUUCUUUGCACAUUUUAACCGGCCGAGAUGGUGACAGAAGCUUCAGACAAACAGGAUGAAAUUCUGAUCAUUACAUUGCUAUUCUCUGGGAUUGCGUGUGUGGCGGUUGCUUUACGAUGCUAUGUUCGAACUAAGUUUUUGAAGGCAUUUGGUGCUGAUGAUGCAAUUGCAGUUUGCUCCUUGUUUCUUUUGUGCGCUGGAGUUGUUUUUACCAUGUUGGGAAUUAAUUCGGGGUUUGGACAACAUAUCGAUAGCAUGACAAUGGAUCGUUACUUGCGCGGAUUGAAAUGGUGGUGUUAUUCGGAAAUCAUAUACCCUCCUACUAUAGCUGCUAUCAAGAUAUCCAUCGCUCUUUACCUCGUCCGUAUCGCCGUGAAGCCAGUUCAUAUAUACACCAUCUAUAUCUCAAUGACAAUCUUCCUGUUGUACACCACGGGGUUUUUUAUCUUUUUGUUACUUCAAUGUAGACCGAUAUCAUUCUACUGGAGGCGAUUUGAGGGAGCAAUUGAUGGGCAUUGUUUAGAGGGCUCUACGAUAGCAGCUAUGGCAUAUGGCCAUGGAGUCGUGAACGUCUUGGCCGAUCUUACUCUGGGGAUAAUUCCGGCGUUUAUUGUGGCGGAUCUUCAAAUCACAACAAGAACAAAAGCAGCGGUCGCAAUGACUUUAGCAUUGGGUUCCAUUGCUAGCGUGUGUACCCUCACAAGAAUCGCAUACAUUAACGAUCUUUUGCAUACCAGCGAUUAUCUCUAUUCAAUAUCUGAUGUUAUCAUCCUCUCCAUUGUCGAAGUAGCCGUCGGACUUAUAGCCUCUUGCUUAGCGACCCUCAAGCCUCUCGUCCGCUCAUUCCUGGACUGGUCGGAGAAAUCAAUCGGAUCAUCUGGAGGCCUUCACAUGCGCAUGAUGGAUGGAAUGAAUCGAAGGCGAACAAAAAUGUACGACACCGAACUAAAUCUCAGGCCCGAUCUCGCCAUUGUCGGAUUCACAACGACGGUAAUAUCGAGCAACGGACGAGAAUCACCACCUCUACACCCUAGUAUAAGUGAAACUAUGGAUGUCAAGAGUGACGUGUGGCUUAGUCCGAGUUCCCAUGGAAGUUAAACGUCACACAGGAGGUUAGAAAGUGGGAAUGGGGGCCAAGCCGCGGUGCCGGCUUGCCAAAUAAAGUAGAGAUUAAUGGACGUGUAUGAUACCACUUUUCCACAUGAUAAAUUUCAUUUCACGCCCAGAUCAUGACAGAACAGACCGAGUUUACAUUUAAACUUCUCAAUCCAUUCUCUCAGCUAUG